AUGCUGUCUUCGAUACCUGAUCAACUUAACUCUGAUCUUCACAAGCUAACUGUCAACCUGGUUCCCUUCCCUCGUCUCUACUACGUUAUGGUUGCUUUUGCACCUCUUACCUCUCUGGGGUCGCAGCAGUGCAGAACCCCAACAGUACCUGAACUUACUCAGCAAAUCUGUGAUGCCAAGAACAUAAGGUGUGCUGCUGAUCCUCGCCAUGGUCGGCGUCUAACUGCUUCAGCUAUGUUCCGCGGAAAGAUGAGCAAUAAGGAAGUUGGUAAGCAGAUUAACAAUGUUCAGAACAAAAUUUUGCUGUACAUUGUUGAAUGGAUUCCCAACAAUGUGAAGUCUACUGUCUGUGAUAUUCCACCAACAGGGUUUAAAAUGGCAUCUACAUUUACUGGAAAUUCCACAUCUAUCCAAGAGAUGUUCUAUAGAGUUAAUGAGCAAUUCACAAGGAAUGUAGAUAUCAUCCACAUUUAUUGGAAUUCUGGAAAGUAA